AUGGCCACCACUCGUCUCGAGUUCUCCUCCGAAAAUCCUCUUGGUUCUUCUUGUCCAGGCUAUGUGAGUAAGCCUUUAUCAGGAACACCAACCCCAAUGGGAGUCGUUGUUCUUCAAGAAUGGUGGGGAGUGAAUGAGCAAAUUAAAAACAAAGGUAUUAAAAUUGCCAAUGAUCUUAAUGCAACCACCAUCGUUCCUGAUUUGUAUAGAGGAAAGGUUGCUAUUGAUCGGGAACAAGCUGGACAUUUGAUGCAUGGUUUGGAUUGGCCUGGUGCUAUUCAAGAUAUUUUGGGAGCAGCCAAAUAUUUGAGAAAUGAAAUGGGAUGUAAGAAGGUUGGAGUCACUGGAUUUUGUAUGGGAGGUGCCUUGACAUUGGCUGUAGCAAGUACACAAGAUGGAAGUGAAUCGUCACUCAUCAAUGCUGCAUCCUGUUUUUAUGGAAUUCCACAAAUGGAUGUUUCGAAAAUUAAAAUCCCAGUCAUUGCUCACUUUGGUGAGUUGGAUGAUGCUGUUGGAUUUUCUGACAUUGAAUCUGCCAAGAAAUUGCAAAAGAGUUGGUCUGAAAAUGGUGUCAAUGGCACUGUGUAUUUGUAUCCUGGAGUUGGUCAUGCUUUCACCAACGACAAACGACCAGAAGCAUACAAUGAAGAGGCUUGCUCAUUGGCCAUGCAAAGAACUUUUGACUUUUUCAGACAACAUUUACUUUAA